AUGCUUGAUUAAGUUCUACAAGUUAUUGGAUUACAAAAAAAUGAGGAAUAGCAAAUGGAGGCUCUAUAUGACGAUUUUUAGAGGCCUCCAAAGAUUUCAAUUGCAAUGAUGCAUGCUGCAGCCACAAAAUUUGCUAAGACUGACUAAAAUAUUGAUCUUGAUAAAACGAAUGUUUGCCCUUGUUGUGGAUUACCUGCUGUUAUCGAAGAAAUCCCAUUAUGUUCAUCAAGAAGCGAAUUCAGCUUCAAUGGUUCAGGAAUAGCAUUAUAUUUCGAUUUCUUAGUUUUUUCUGGCAUCAUUGUCUUUACUUACAUGUAUCUUAAUUCAAUAAAAAUAUAGAGCCAUCAGUUGUGGCUACAAUAUCUAUGUUAAUUCUCAUGGAAAUCGAUGUAAUCAUAUCAAUAGUAGUCUUGCUGACAAAUGCAAAACAGACUUCUUUAAUUAAUUUUCAUUAACAAAUGAUCAUGAGUAAUAAUAUUUAACAUAUCUAAUAGAUAAUUAGAUGACACUCGUAGCAUUCUCAAUUUUGUAUCCUUAGUAGUAAUUUUGUUUAUGACUUUAUUUUACAGAAGGCACAUUAACAAAAUUGCUAUGGAAUUAGAUGAUGCAGCUAUCUUAUCCUCUGAUUUCUCAAUAUUUGUUGAGAAUAUCCCUAGAGAUGCAAAAGAGAUAGAAAUUUAAGAAUAUUUUUCUUAAUUAUUCCAAAAUGAAAAAGUUGAAUUUAGAAAAUUAUGCAUUGCAUAUGAAAUCCAGCCUUAUUUGAAAUUGAACACUCAAAAAUAAUUGAAGGAAUCUGUGCUUACAAAAGUACUGGAACUAGAAGCAGAAGGAAAAUCCAUCCCUAAAUCGAUUCCACCUCGACCCUAAUUAAAAUAAGAAAUAGAAAAAAUCUCAAAGGAAUUAGAUUAUAUGGAAGAUAAUCGAGCUAAUAUUUUCAAAUUCAGUGGAAUUUGCAUAAUUAGUUAUAAUUAGGAAAGUUAAGCUGAUAAUGUUUGUAAAACAUUCAAAGCCACAAGAUUUUAGAUUUUAUUAGAUUAAUUAGGAUUUGAAUAAAAUUAAUUCUAAAAAUUUAGAAACAAUAACCUUUUUGUAAGGAAGGCGCCAGAACCAGGGGAUAUAAUUUGGGGUAACCUCGGUAUUACAAUUAAAGAGUAGUAUAAAAGAACUUUAAUAACUAAUGCUAUGACUCUACUUUUGUUGGCUAUUGGUUUUGGGUUAUUACUUGGAUUAUCUUAUCUAUAGAAUGUCAUUAAUUAAAAUAUUUCAAAAGGGUCAAAUGCAGAAGCAGCUAUUGUUACUGUUAUCGGAUUUGCAUCAUCAAUACUUAUUUUGGUAAUAAAUACAGUAUUAGCAAAAAUGAUUAUCAAAUUUGCUGAAUUAGAGUAAUAAGCUACAAGAACAGAUUAUAAUAUAAGUGUUGCUUACAAAUUGGGAGUAGCUCAAUUUCUAAACACAGCCAUUUUAACUUUAAUUAUUAAUCUUUUUAUAUCAGAAAAUAUCUCAAGUUUAGAUUAGGCUAUUUGGUAGACUGGUGGACUCAAUUCAGAUGUAAUGCUAAUUUUUAUUACUAAUUCAAUUGUGCCAUGGCUAACUCAAUUGAUAGAUUUCAAUUAUUUUUAUAAAUUGUAUGUUAGAUAGAAAAUAAUUAAAUAAGGAGAAAAUUGUAAAUACACUUAAAAUGAAGCUAACAAGUAUUCUAAACUAUAUUUUUAGAGCAUUUGAAGGACCAUCAAUUGAUUUCUCAAAAAAAUAUGCAAAUUUAUGCAAAACUCUAAUGUUUACAUUCUUAUAUUCAGCAUUAUUACCAAUUGGUGUUUGUUUUACUUUCAUUUCAAUUGUUUGCAUAUAUUGGGCCGAAAAAUAUUUAUUAGUAAGAAGAGAUUCAAAGCCUGCUCCAACUGGAAGUGCAAUGGCUGAAGCUAUGAUCAAUUUUUAUAUCGAGUUAAUACUUUUGUUAUUUUCUGUAAUCUACUUAAAUUAACGAUUUAGUUAGGAUGCACAUUUUGGGAAUGGGUGAAUUAUGAUAAAGUACACGUUCUAACGUGGUUAUAAUUGGGUUUAUCUACUUUACAUUACGUAAUCCCAAUUAACAAAAUCUGCGGAUGUAUUGUAGAUUUAGGAAUUGACAAUGCCACCGUUGAAUCUUACGAUGAAAAAUACUUAACCUUCUACGAUGAUUAUGAUCGAAGGAAUCCUGUAACUUUAGAUGCUGCAAAAGAAAAAUGGAUAAAAAUCCAAUAGGAAACUGUUUAACCUAAUUCAUAUUAAAAACCUAAGUAAAAUUAAAUAAUUUAACCAAUAGCAAUGAAAUAAAACAACAUCAUAAAAUUAACCAUAUUACCACAGCAAGCACAAAAGUUCAUCCUUUAAAUACUGCAAAUAGCAGAGAAAUGGAUGAUUUAUAAUAACUCUAAGUUUGA